UAAGCUAUAAAGGGAUGUGAAGUGAGGCUGGACCUGCCUGCAGUUUGAUGCAGAACUGUGGAGUAUACGCUGAGCUCCAGUACAGAAUCAGAGAUGGGGUUCGGAACAGGAAAUGAUAAAUACAAUUUGGCAGCAAAUUCAGACGAGGAUGGCAAAACCAAGAAAAAGAAGAAGGACAUGGAUGAGCUCAAGAAAGAAGUGGAACUGGAUGAUCACAAGCUGACUUUAGAUGAACUGCAUCACAAAUAUGGAACAGAUCUUAACAAAGGCUUGUCCAGUUCUCGAGCUCAGGAGAUUUUUGAACGUGACGGACCCAACGCCCUGACUCCUCCGCCUACAACCCCAGAGUGGGUGAAGUUCUGCAGGCAGCUGUUCGGUGGAUUCUGUACUCUACUGUGGAUCGGAGCUUCCCUCUGUUUCCUGGCUUUCACAAUUCAGAUCACGACAGAAACCGAACCAGAAAAUGAUAACUUGUAUCUGGGUAUAGUUCUGGCUGCUGUGGUUUUAAUCACCGGCUGCUUCUCCUACUACCAAGAAGCCAAGAGCUCCAAGAUCAUGGACUCCUUCAAGAACCUCGUCCCUCAUCAAGCUCUGGUGAUCCGCAGUGGAGAGAAAAAGAGCAUCAAUGCUGAGGAAGUGGUGGUUGGGGAUCUUGUAGAGAUUAAAGCUGGAGACAGAGUUCCAGCUGAUCUGCGCAUCAUCUCUGCACACGGCUGUAAGGUGGACAAUUCCUCUCUUACUGGUGAAUCCGAGCCACAAACUCGUACUCCUGACUUCUCCAAUGAAAAUCCGCUGGAGACGAGAAAUAUUGUGUUCUUUUCCACAAACUGCCUAGAAGGUUCUGCUCGAGGAAUUGUGAUCAACACUGGUGAUAACACAGUCAUGGGUCGUAUUGCUAUAUUAGCUUCGAGUCUUGAGGGUGGAAAAACCCCAAUUGCCAUUGAGAUUGAGCACUUCAUCCACAUCAUCACUGGUGUAGCUGUUUUCCUGGGCGUGUCCUUCUUCGUCCUGUCUAUCAUCCUUGGCUAUGGUUGGCUGGAAGCUGUGAUUUUUCUUAUUGGAAUCAUUGUAGCCAACGUACCAGAGGGUCUACUAGCUACAGUCACUGUGUGUCUGACUCUAACUGCUAAGCGAAUGGCCAAGAAGAACUGCCUGGUGAAGAAUCUGGAAGCUGUGGAAACUCUUGGUUCUACUUCCACCAUCUGCUCAGACAAGACUGGAACCCUGACCCAGAACCGGAUGACUGUGGCCCACAUGUGGUUUGAUAACCAGAUCCAUGAAGCAGACACCACCGAGGAUCAGAGUGGAACUUCAUUUGAUAGAAGCUCUCCUACAUGGUCGGCUCUGGCUCGUGUAGCUGGACUGUGUAACUGUGCCGUCUUCCUGGGGGAUCAGAGCAAAGUUCCCAUCCUAAAGAGAGAUACAGCGGGUGAUGCCUCAGAAUCGGCUCUAUUAAAGUGUAUUACACUCUGCUGUGGUUCAGUGAUGGAGAUGAGAGACAAGUACCCGAAGCUUGCUGAGAUCCCCUUCAACUCCACCAACAAAUACCAGGUCUCCAUCCACAAGAACCCGAGCCCCCUAGAGACCGAGCACCUGCUGGUAAUGAAGGGAGCCCCCGAGAGGAUCCUGGACCGAUGCUCCACCAUUAUGAUUCAUGGAAAAGAGCAGCGUCUGGACGAUGAACUGAAGGAUACUUUCCAGCAUGCUUAUGUGAAACUUGGAGGACUGGGAGAAAGAGUGUUGGGUUUCUGCCAUUAUAAUCUCCCAGAUGACCAGUUCCCAGAAGGCUUUGCAUUCGAUACAGAAAAUGUGAACUUCCCCACUGAGAACCUGUGCUUCGUUGGCCUGAUGUCUAUGAUUGAUCCUCCUCGUGCUGCUGUACCAGAUGCUGUAGCCAAAUGCAGAAGUGCUGGAAUUAAGGUCAUAAUGGUCACUGGUGAUCAUCCAAUCACAGCACAGGCCAUUGCUAAGGGUGUAGGUAUUAUUUCUGAGGGUAACGAGACUGUGGAGGACAUCGCUGCUCGUCUGAACAUCCCUGUUGGAGAUGUUGAUCCCAGACAAGCUAAAGCGUGUGUGGUCCACGGGGCAGAACUGAAGGAAAUGAGCCCAGAGCAGUUGGACGAUGUUCUGAGAUAUCACACUGAGAUCGUGUUCGCCAGAACUUCCCCACAGCAGAAACUCAUCAUCGUGGAAGGCUGCCAGAGACGGGGUGCUAUCGUGGCUGUGACUGGUGAUGGUGUGAACGAUUCUCCAGCUCUGAAGAAAGCUGAUAUUGGUGUAGCUAUGGGUAUCGCUGGAUCUGAUGUCUCCAAACAGGCUGCUGACAUGAUUCUGCUGGAUGAUAACUUUGCCUCCAUUGUGACUGGAGUAGAAGAAGGUCGCUUGAUUUUUGACAACUUGAAGAAAUCCAUUGCCUACACCCUGACGAGUAACAUUCCUGAGAUCUCACCUUUCCUCCUCUUCAUCAUCGCUGGAAUUCCUCUACCUCUUGGAACUGUCACUAUACUUUGUAUUGACCUUGGAACUGACAUGGUUCCUGCUAUUUCACUGGCAUAUGAAACUGCUGAGAGUGAUAUCAUGAAGAGACAGCCCAGAAACCCCCAAACAGACAAGCUGGUGAAUGAAAGGCUCAUCAGUAUGGCAUACGGACAGAUCGGAAUGAUGCAGGCAGCUGCAGGGUUCUUCACCUACUUUGUGAUCCUGGCGGAGAACGGAUUCCUGCCCUCGUAUCUUUUAGGGCUGCGUAUUGACUGGGAUGAUAAGUAUAUGAAUGAUCUAGAGGACAGCUAUGGCCAGGAAUGGACCUAUGAGAGCAGAAAGAUCGUAGAGUACACGUGUCACACUGCAUUCUUCGUCAGUAUUGUGAUUGUGCAGUGGGCCGAUCUGAUCAUCUGUAAGACCAGGAUGAACUCCAUUAUAAAACAGAAAAUGAAGAAUAAAAUCCUUAUCUUUGGGCUGUUUGAAGAGACGGCUUUGGCCUCGUUCCUGUCGUACUGUCCAGGGAUGGACGUGGCCAUCAGAAUGUAUCCACUAAAACCCUGGUGGUGGUUAUGUGCUCUACCAUACGCAUUCCUCAUAUUCUUCUAUGAUGAGGCUAGAAGAUACAUCCUCAGGCGGAACAAAGGAGGAUGGGUGGAAAAAGAAACAUAUUAUUAACCCAGAGAGAAGCUCCAGCUCUGAAUACAUCCAUGGACUCGUCAAUGCUACAUUAUUUUGUACAAUAAAAAAAUGAACACUUAUAUACUGAAAGUAACACUGAUUAAAGUAUGCAUAUUUUGCUGGUUACUGUGAAAAUUACAAUGAAACACUAUUACCAAACUGUCAGCAAGCACUUAACAGAUAAACUCAUGAACUGAUGAUCAAUAAACUGUGAACUUGUGAUUAAUAAUUAAUAAUAAACCAUCCUAACAACAAUAA